UAUAACACAAGACAUUUGGAGUUAUCAAUCCUUAAUGAAUGCCUCAUUAUUAUGACAUUCCACAUUGUUUUGUAAACAAAAAUUAUUUUAUUUACAGAAAAAUUUUGAAAUUUCUAUUUAUUACCGAAAAGACAAUUAAAAAAUGGCUAAUAUUAAUAAAUAUUGGCUAAUAUUAGAAGCUUUGCAGUUUCCAAUGGUUGGAGCUCCUAAGAAUAUUAAUUUGAGUGUGGAUGAACGUUUAAAUAACAAUUUAAAAGUCAUGCAACAGUAUAUUAAAUUAACUCCUGAGGAGUUAGUGCAAGACAUUUUAAGCCAAGAAAACUUGCAAGAACUACAAAGUAAAUUACAGCAAAUAUGUACUAAAGUCGAUAAUAAUUUCCUAUAUUGUUUAUAUACAUUUAAAAUGUUAUUGGCAAUUUGUAAGAACAGCAAUUUUUCUAGCGAAGCUAAAGAGGAUUUGGUGUCUGAAAAAUAUAAAAGCUUAAUAAUUUCCAGUCUUACAGAAGUUGCUUCCCUAACAUUACAAGAAAACUUGCAGAAAACAUUUUAUAAAGAAAAAGGUGGUCUAUUCCAAAGAAAUGCUCUGGGUGAGGCAAAUCUUUUUCGUUUGGAGUUUUCAGUGGAAAUAAUUUCUCAGUUAAUAUACAUUAAACCUUUACAUGUGGGCAAAUCUUUAGAUGAGGUGCAUUUAUGGUAUAUGGCUGCCAUUUUUAGUCUUCUUUUAGCUUAUGAUGCUAAAGAGUAUCACUUGGAAUUGACACAUAUUGCUAAGUUACAAACUAAACUGCAAAAGUUAUGGUUAGAAUUACCCAAAAAAUUGUACUAUCGCAAUUUAAUGUUAUUGUUUUCCAUUUUACCUAAUAAUCUCAAACAAAGAGUACACCGUGAAAUGUUAUUGAGACUUUGGUCACCUGGUGGUUUUUUGGCUUUGUUGUAUGCCAUGGCAGAAUCGCAACGUAGCGAGGAACAGUCACUAGAUGAAAUGGUCGCCAAUCUAGUGGGUCAGCCGCAGUUUUCAAUAAAAGCUCAACAAUCUUUGAUUAAACAAAUUUUGCAAUUUCUUAACGCCAGUUUAAAAAACAAGGAGUUGUCGGGAUUUAUGGGUGCAGCAAUACUAUCAUUGAGAAAACUCUACGAUAAUAAAACUGAAAAUAAGGACUUUAUAAACAAAUGGCUUGAAAAUACAAUAAAGCCUUUAACUGAAGUGCAACAAAUGAACUUGGUAGCUAUGGAAUGGGUAGACUUUGUAAAUUUAAUAUCUCUACUAUAUCAUAUUUUCUGUACUUCCUCAAUAACCACUUUACCUAGUGAUUUAAUCAUGCCUUAUUUACCACUAUUCAUGGAUCUUCACAGCCAACUAGAGGGUCAUGUUAAUCAGGAAACUUUAAAAAACCAUUUACAGUCUUUAAUAUUAAAAAUACUUAACAAUCGCUCUAAAGAAGAACUUAAACAUAUUGUUGAAUCUGUGGCUUUGAAAACAUUUCCCCCAGAAUGGUUUCCUCUACAUUCUACCAUACAUCUUAAAGAGAAUCCUUUAAAUCUGCAGGAACUAAAGUUAAGUCAAGUCUCUAAUGAAAAAUUGGAAUUAAUGUCCAACAAUCAAAAUCACUUGUCUACAUUAAUAGUUAUACUCAAAAAUUCUAACUAUAAUCUAUUAAUUUAUCAACAUUUCAUCAUACUGCUACAGCUGGUGCCCUCAGUAAUAUUGGAUUCUCCUGACAGCUCAAGCACUGCCUCAAAUUUUGAUCUAUUGCAAACAGAAGAAGAUAUUUAUAAUAAAAUCCUAAGAGAUUUUUCACAAAUUUAUGAAAAUAAAUUUCAAAUUAUAAAGGCUUUAGAAACACUGGUACAGUAUCAGCCGCUUAAAACUCUAAUAAAUGAUAAUAUUCUAGAACUUUUAAGAACAUUACAAGACAUUUUAAGCGCCUACGCUGAAAUAACUGCAAAAGUUAAAGCUGAAACAGAAAUCAAUUCAGCGGUCUUAAUGAUUUUAUUAAUUUUAAUAAGAGAAAUUAUUGAAAAUUCUCCUACACAUCUGGAAGAUUUGCAAAAUAAUCUAUUUAAACCCCUAAAACAACUUGAGUCUCAACUACAAAAUGAAAAUCUAAAAUAUCAAAUACGUUGCCUAUUAAAAAUUCUUAAAGGAGAGGAAACAUUUACUUAUCACAAUUUAAAGAAAAAUGCUUUCGAAGAAGCUCGCUCACUUAUUGAAGCUAACGAGUCAUAUUUGCAAGUAGAGGGUAUUGAAAAGAUGUUAAAACUUUUGAAUAAACGUGACGAAUUUGCUAUUUCCAAUUGUCACUUAUUAACAGCAUUGGCCUUGAAUACUCUAAAAUCUCCCGAAUCGUAUACAUUCCUUAAUUGCGUUAGAUUAUUCGUGGCUUUGGUUAAUGUUAAUGAAACGGAGGUUUUGGAACUAUUAGCAGAUGAGUAUUUGAAUGAAGCAGCUGCCAUGGAUUAUAGAUUGGUGAUAGGCGAGGCUAUUUUGAAAACAUCAAGAGAAUUAGGUCCUUUGUGCUAUAAAUAUAAAAGUGUUCUUUUAAAUGCUUUUAUGAGCGGCUGCCGUUCUUCGUUGGAUGAAUUUCGUUUUUCUGCCUUUUCCAAUCUAGCUCAAAUGUGCCGUUUAUUAACCUAUCAGGUUCAUAAUUAUUUCCAAGAACUUUUAAAUCUUAUCGACUGUGAAUUAUCUACGGGCAAAUAUUUGCCUGCCAAAAGGGCUGCUGUUAUGGUUUUAAGUGAUUUAUUGUCAGGCAUGGAUAAUCUUUUCGAUUAUGAAGAAAUGCUUUUACCUAUUUAUCGUCUAUUGAAAUAUUUGGUGAAUUUAGAGCAAAACGAUGAAACGAUACGUUUGCAUGCUUCUAAUGGUCUGAAAUGUUUGUCGGAAAAAUGUCAAGAACUUUUCCGUAAUGCUUUAGAGCAACACCAACAAGGAGCAACUUUGACUAAAGAAAUUAAAAUAAUGGGUAUACAUGAUAAACCUAAGAGAAGCUUAAAAAACCAUAUUUUAGAAAUGAAUUGAAAAAACGUUGUUUGUUAAUUUUGUGUAAAUAAAGUUUAUUUUUAUUUAUUC